GCGCACGUGUCGCAGUUUUAUUGCCUGCUGGACACGCCAACCAUCAAUGUUGGCCCAGACAAAAGCGUUAGGGCCACGUUGGCGUCAGGUCAGUUAGCGCAAUGAUUUCCACUUGGCGUUCUGUGUUUGGCUGCGUCUUGGGGCUGGCGAUGCUUAUAUGGCUGGCCCGCUGCCAGGAGGACCUGGAGCUGGACUACUCGAAUGAGUAUGACGAUGUGCGACCGCAGCUAAGCUAUCCGGAUGAGCCCAGACUGGACACACGCCUGGCCGCAGCGGCUGAGCAGCUGGGCCAGAGCAUACGGAAUGCCUGGCAGUCCAUGGCCGACUCGUUCCGCAGCUAUUUUGAGGAGCUGCGGCAUGUUUUUGCCGAUGGCGCCGAAGACAAUGCAGAAACCCUCCCACUGAGCAACUGAUCAGAGCUGCAUUCACAGUGAAUUGCAAAGUUAUAUAAAAAAACAAAACAAAAGAAAACUAUGGGACUUCUAUUAAACUUGAGACCUUAAACAACUGAUUAGUCAGUGGGGUAGAAAUAUACAUCUCACGAAAGAAACAUGCGAAUAACAAACAUUAUUAAAUAGUUCUGUGCAUACUUCA